AUGGCCACAAACCACUCAGAGAAGCACUCAUAUGUGUCUGCACCAGACGAAGGCACAUCACACACACAACAUGUCGGCGAAAAGGCUAUUCACCCUGAACCACCAAAACGACGUGAUUCCAAAUUUGGACAUGUCAUGGACUCACUUCGCCGUUCUUUCUCUACCGAACACAAACCCUCCCUUGACCGCAAAAGUAGCCAACAUGAAGCCCACCUGCGAAAAGUGCGUGAGCAAGACGAGGUUGAGCGGGCUCGCGCCGCUGAAGAGAUGGUGUGGGAAUCGGGCGAAACCAAAGAGUCAACGAGUCCGGCCGUCGAAGCCCGGAGGAACAGCUGGGGUUGGCCCGGCCUCGGCACAACCGAUGACGCUGCUGACGCAUGGGAUGAACCUGACAAAAGACUACGUGCCAGCAAGAAUGCUGGGAAAGCCACCCCGAUGGAGCUCAGAGCCGAAGCUGCAGCAUACGGAGCUUUUGGUAAUGCGGCCGAGAAUGAGAAUUAUGGCUGGCCAGGUCUGGGUGGUCUGCCAGGGCCUAAAUGAUCGACAACAUCAGGGGGUAUGAUAUGCCCAGACGAUUGAACGAAUCUGGAUCAGGUUAUGGGUAAUGGAGGUCACGAAUCAAAGCGGUGCAACAGUCACCUUCUGCAAAUCAUUGGCAUUGGCGAUGAGCAGAAUUAAGGCUAGUGAGGCCAUGUAUCUUACACUCAAGGCUGGAACGUGGACUUCGCAUGUUUUCCUCAACUACGAGUACGAGUAUCAGCGCAAACAAUGAUCUGUUGUUAUUGUCAGGACCCGUACUCCGACCGUGCUGAUUGCGAGCUGAAUAUCGAGCGGUGCUCGGUAAUGCUGCAAUAGACGGCGCGUGCAUGAGACCGUCGACUCGCAAUUACCAACGAAAGCACCUGCACGACGUUUCUGGAAUGGGCGCGUACAGACUUGUAAUGACGCAACGGCCAUUGAAGACUUCC